AUGCGCUCGGCGCUCCGUCAGGAGCGUGAGUCCCCUUCCCGAGCCGGAGCCUGCGCUCUGGGCUCGACUGAGGCUCCCUGGCCGCUCGCGCUUUUCUCUCCUUCUCCAAGAUGGCGGCGGUCGGCGGCGCUGAGGCGGGAUCCGGGCGAGCCGAGUGAAGAUUGCUUUGAUGGUGAUCACAGCUCUGAGGACACAGGACUAGCUGCUGGCCGAAGCCAACGAGAAAAGAAACGUUCUUACAAAGACUUCUUGAGGGAAGAGGAAGAAAUCGCUGCUCAGGUCAGAAAUUCUUCCAAGAAGAAGUUAAAGGAUAGCGAACUUUAUUUCUUGGGGACGGACACGCACAAGAAGAAGAGGAAGCACUCCUCCGAUGAUUACUACCAUGGAGAUAUUUCGUCUUUGGAAUCGUCACAGAAGAAAAAGAAGAAGUCCAGCCCGCAGUCUGCCGAUACAGCCAUGGAUCUGUUGAAAGCUAUCACUUCCCCGCUGGCAACAGGCUCCAAGCCCUCCAAAAAGACAGGGGAGAAAUCCUCCAGUUCUUCAAGUCAUUCAGAGAGUAAAAAGGAACACCACAGGAAGAAAGUAAGUGGAAGCGGUGGGGAGCUGUCCCUGGAGGAUGGCGGUUCCCACAAAUCAAAAAAAAUGAAACCGCUCUAUGUGAACACAGAGACACUGACUCUUCGGGAGCCCGAUGGCUUAAAGAUGAAGCUCAUUCUCUCGCCAAAGGAGAAGGGAAGCAGCUCGGUUGAUGAGGAGUCUUUUCAGUACCCCUCUCAACAGGCGACGGUGAAAAAAUCCUCUAAGAAAUCAGCUCGGGAUGAGCAAGGUGCUUUACUCCUAGGACACGAGUUACAGAGCUUUCUGAGAACAGCCCGGAAGAAGCACAAGUCUGCCUCGGACCCACAUUCCUCUCCUGGCCCCGAAGGCGGUGGGUCGGAUGCCUCCCAAUUCCCAGACUCCCACAGCGCUAACCUUGAUCUUUCAGGACUUGAACCUAUUCUGGUAGAAUCAGACUCGUCCUCUGGUGGGGAGCUAGAGGCUGGGGAGCUAGUGAUAGAUGAUUCCUACCGGGAAGUCAAGAAGAAGAAGAAGUCAAAGAAGAGCAAAAAGAAGAAGGACAAGGAGAAGCAUAAAGAGAAGCGACACUCCAAGUCCAAGAGAAGUUCAGGACUUUCGGCCACAGCAGCGGGAGAGGCCCCAGUGGCUCCCGGCCCUCCUCCCAGCGCCCCGCACGCUGGGGCGGCUGCCCCUCCCCCCCCACUGCCCAGCCUCCACACAGACGGGCAUGGUGAGAAAAAGAAGAAAAAAGAGGAGAAAGACAGAGAGAGAGAGAGAGGAGAAAAGCCAAAAAAGAAGAACAUGUCUGCCUACCAGGUGUUCUGUAAAGAGUAUCGUGUAACCAUCGUGGCUGACCAUCCAGGUAUAGACUUCGGGGAACUUAGUAAAAAACUGGCUGAGGUGUGGAAGCAGUUGCCAGAAAAAGACAAACUGAUUUGGAAGCAAAAAGCUCAGUAUCUGCAACACAAACAGAACAAAGCAGAAGCUACAACUGUGAAAAGAAAAGCCUCCUGCUCGGAAGUUCCCGUGAAAGUAAAAGCUUCCUCUGCAGGAGUACUGUCUCCCCAGAAGAAAUCCCCACCCACCACCAUGCUGUUACCAGCCUCGCCAGCCAAAGCCCCUGAGACAGAGCCCAUUGAUGUCGCUGCUCAUCUACAGCUGCUGGGAGAGUCCCUAAGCCUCAUUGGACACCGCCUGCAGGAAACCGAGGGCAUGGUGGCUGUGUCAGGCAGUCUGUCAGUGCUUCUGGAUUCCAUCAUCUGUGCGCUUGGCCCCUUGGCGUGUCUGACCACACAACUACCUGAACUGAACGGCUGUCCCAAGCAGGUCUUGUCAAACACACUAGACAACAUUGCUUACAUCAUGCCUGGACUGUGA